AUGUCUCUGUGUCUGUCUUUCCGAGGCAGAUGGAAGAUGGGGCAGAAGAACUCACUGGGGGGCUCCUCGCAGCUCCCCAAGCAGGACUACAAGGCCCUGAGGGAAAGGUGCCUGAUGGAAGGCCGCCUCUUUGAAGAUGACAGCUUCCCGGCCAGCCUGUGCUCUGUGGGCAGCGGGCCCCUAUUGCGGAAGCUGCCGCCCGGCCUGCAGUGGAGGAGGCCUCCGGAGCUGCACAGCAAUCCCCAGUUCUAUUCUGCUGACACCAAAAGGCUGGACCUGUGCCAGGGAGUGGUAGGUGACUGCUGGUUCUUGGCUGCUUUGCAAGCUCUGACUUUGCAUCAGGACAUCCUGAGCUGUGUCGUUCCCCUGAAUCAGAAUUUCACUGAGAACUAUGCUGGCAUUUUCCAGUUCUGGUUCUGGCACUUUGGGAAGUGGGUUCCUGUGGUGAUAGAUGACCGACUUCCUGUGAAUACAGCUGGCCAGCUAGUCUUUGUCUCUUCCACUUACAAAAACGUGUUCUGGGGAGCUCUUCUGGAAAAGGCCUAUGCUAAGCUGUCUGGCUCCUAUGAAGACUUGCAGCGUGGACAGGUGUCUGAAGCACUUGUGGACUUCACUGGAGGGGUGACAAUGACCAUCAAGCCGGCAGAGGCCUCUGGCAACCUCUGGGACAUCCUUACCUGGGCCACCUACAGCAGAACCCUCAUUGGCUGCCAGACACACUCAAGGAAAGAGAGGGUGCUGGAGAACGGGCUGGUGGGCGGCCAUGCCUAUACCCUCACAGGAAUCAGAAAGGUGACCUGCAGACACGGACCAGAAUAUCUAGUCAAGCUGCGGAACCCCUGGGGCAAAGUGGAAUGGAAAGGGGACUGGAGUGACAGCUCGGGUAUGUGGGAGCUACUGAGCCCCAAGGAGAAGAUUCUGCUCCUGAGGAAAAGCAAUGACGGAGAAUUCUGGAUGACACUGAAGGACUUUAAAACACAUUUCAUGCUUCUGGUCAUCUGCAAACUGACCCCGGGCCUGCUGAGUCAGGAUGUAGGCCAGAAGUGGACAUACACCAUGCGGGAAGGAAGAUGGGAAAAGGGGAUCACAGCCGGUGGCCCGAUGAAGUCACCCCGAGACACAUUCUGGAAGAACCCGCAGUUCCUGCUGUCUGUCUGGAGCCUUCAGGAGGGCAGGAGGUUCCCGAUGCCCUGCAGUGUGCUGGUGUCCCUGCUGCAGAAGCCCAGGCACAGGCACCGCAACUGGAAGCCUCACCUGGCCAUUGGCUUCUACCUCUUUAGGUUGAGCAAGCACUAUGGUGACCAGAGGAGACUGCCCUCUGAGUUUUUCUGGAAAAAUGCCCCCAUAAGAUGGCCUGAAGCAUUUCUCACAGAGAAAGAAGUGAGUCAGGAACUGCAGCUGGAGCCAGGGACAUACCUCGUUGUGCCCUGCACAUCCAAGGCUGGCCAGGAAGCAGAGUUUGUCCUGAGAGUAUUCUCCAGGAAGCACAUCUUUCAUGAAAUUGGAUGCAAUUCCAGUGCUGUCUUCUCUAAGGAAAUAGUAGACAAAAAUGAAGGGCAGGAUGAAUUCUUCACUAAACUCUUUGAAAAGUGUCCAGAAAUAAACGCAGUGCAGCUGCAGAAGGUCCUGAACCACAUGACCUGGUCAAGUCUGGGGAGUGCCCAGCCUUUCUUCAGCCUGGACGCCUGCCAGGGGAUCCUGGCCCUACUGGAUCUUAAUGCGUCAGGUACCGUGAGCAUCCAGGAGUUCAGGGACCUGUGGAAGCAGCUGAUGCUGUGUCAGGAGGUUUUCCACAAGCACGACAGCAGUCACUCAGGAUACCUGAACAGGACCCAGCUGCAGGCUGCCAUGAGGGAUGCAGGAAUCAUGCUCAGCAAUGACGUCUGCCAGCUGAUGCUUAUCCGCUAUGGCGGCCCCAACCUCCAGAUGGACUUCGUCAGCUUCGUCCACUUGAUGCUGCGUGCAGAGUACAUGGAGGAUGCCUUUCAGAACUUAACCCAAGAUGGCAAAGGGAUCUACCUCCAGAAGCCAGAGUGGCUGAUGAUGACUCUGUACUCCUGA